CCUCUCCAGUGUGAUUCUCGUCCCUAUCGCGGAAGAAGAGCAGGAAGCAACAGCGACGGAGACGGAGUCUCUGUGGUGGAGUCAGAGUGAAACGCAUGAUGAUGCAGCCACCGUUGCUUUAGCAAUAACUAGUAGCAGAGUAGCUGCUUAUCGACAACGACCUUCACAUCUCGGCUCUUUCCCAAGAUGGCGGAUCUGAACAAGCAAUUGCAGGAAUACUUAGCUCAAUCCAAGGGCGGCAGCAGUGGUGGCUCAACGGCCUCAUCAGUGCCUCAGAGCCCACCGCGAGAUGAAGUGGAGAAGCCCAGCUCAGGCUUGGGGGCCUGGCUCAGCCAGAUAAACCCGUUCCCUGCGACAGAAACAUGGUCGCGGACAGCCGAACCGGAUCCUGAUCCGUGGUUGCCUACAGGUCUGUCCCGUUGGCAGCGACUCGUAGGGAGCGUGCUGUGCCUGCUGCUGGCUGCUCUCUGUUUCGGCCUUGCCACACUCUACGGGUCGCUUCUGCGGCUCAGGAAGUUUGCGCUGCUCUGGUCCCUGGGCUCAGCCUUUGCCCUGGGUGCUGCCGGCUUCCUGCGGGGCCCGAGUCGUCUCCUGGGCGACCCCGACCGCCGUGGCCUGGCUAUUCUCUACUUAGGCUCGGUGGGCGGCACUUUGUAUGCUGCGCUCGGGCUCUGGAGCACCCUGCUCACCACGCUGGGGGCCAUUGUCCAGCUGGCAUCCGGCGGGGUUUACUUGCUAUCCUCAGUGCCUGGCGGAACUGCCGGACUACGCUAUGCUGGUGGGUUCUUGGGAGGUUUCGUACGGCGUCAGGUGUCCAAAACUCUCCCAGUGUGAAGGCAGCUGCCUACGCAAGUCCAUUCCAGAAGUUGGGAAAGGAAGACUGAUCUCUGUGGGAAGAUGCCCUGUGCCCUUCUCCAAACCAAUGCACAGCACAGGACAUGCACACUAGCCCAUUAGGUUUAUCCCAUGAGAAAUUGUGUAGAAAGUUUCUUUACUGUUUAUCUUUUCGAUUCCAAGGACAAGGGAACAGUUGAGUAGCCUUACCGUGACCAUGCAUUGCUGUUGCCUCUCCCGGAGGAAGUUAGGAAGGAUACUUGAAUUUAUUUGCAAAAAAGAAGAAACAAAUGUAUUAAAGAGUUAGAAGUUCAUCAGCCACAUAAGCAAUUGUAACCAGUCAAGGGACAAUGCUUCUUUCUAUGGCUGGCCUGAGUUUUGAGUGGGCUGCAUUGGGCCAAGGGCCCCUUGGUAUCCUAUCCAAUGUCAGUGCUCCCCAGUGCCCUUCUGAGCAGCUGCAGCAUGGGUGGAGGGGCUGAAAACAACACCAGGCAGCUGCCAUAAGUGAGGAAGAAGCUGUCAUUUUAAUUUCUCCCCAGUGUUCCUGAUCUGAACUCUCAGAUAGCUGCAUUGGGCUGGGUGGGCCUUUUAAAUGAAAUGGUUUUCUCUGGCCACUCACCUUGUGCUUAGAGGGCAGCCACAGUGAGCAAAGGCAGGAGACAUAAUUUUAAUCUCUUACCAAUGCCUCCGAUGGAGUGAUGCUACAUCAGGGGCAUUGGGAAAGGAUGAAAAAGUUAUGUACUUUUGCUGUAGUGGCUAGGCUUGCCUCUCAGUGCCAGAUGGCCCAGUGUAUGGGUGGGUGUCACUGGCAGUCAGCAAUAAGGGGCCCUGCUCUGCCUUUGUUGGAUGAUGCUAUUUGCUGACCCCAGGUUUGCCUUUCUAAACUCUUUAAGGAUGGAAAUGAGCAGACCAUGCCUCUUCAGCUUUUUCAGAGUCAGAGCAAGGAUUAAUCUGGUUUUUUUAAAAAAAUUAAAAUAAUUAUAAUCUACUUGCAUUUAGCCCCAGCAUUUUCACUUCCAAUUGUUGUGUUGGCUUUUUGUCUUAAUAAACAUCAACAUUAUAACUGUUUUGUUCAGAACAGGUGUCUCACAUUGUUGCUUAAGCUGACUUCCAGGAAAACACUUCUUUUCAAGCAAGGAUUUCUGUACAAAUAUUCUAAACUGCUAUGACCACAUGGCUGCUAAAGUUCACUUCAGUCUGAAUUCAAAGACACAUACAAUAUAGACAAAGGACAGAAUUCUGCCAUAAUGGUUUAUACUCUUAUUGUGAUGUUGGGAAGUCUCAAUACAUGUCAAGAAGCCAAGUGGAAAAACUUAAGAAUGCAAUCUUAUGCAUGUUUAGACAGAAAAAAGCACUACAACUCCCACCAUCCCCCCAAUCAGCCAUGCUAACUGGGCCUUGCUGGCAACUGUAGGACCUUUUCUGUCUAAACAUGCAUAGGAUUGUGUCCUAAACUCCUUUGGAUCAUGGGAUUGUCUCUGGAAGUUAAAUAAAUAGCUUAUUUAUUGAAAACUCCCCUUAUGUCCAUCUGGUGCUCUGAACUUCUAUGGGCUCUCAGUACUUGCAGCAGUUUAGAAAUAUUGAUGUGAUGAAUGUAUCACCUAGACACAUGUAAUAUACAAGAUGCAGCUACUAUCAGAAAUCCCCACAAGUUGUAUUUCAGUAAAAGCACAUUCACUUCAUUCCACAAGUGCAAUUCAUAAACCACUUAAAUGUAGAGCAUCUGCAAACAUUAUACUUAAGCAGUGAAUGUUGCAGAUAUGCAGUUUGUACCUCUUAAAACUAGCCUUUGAAGUAGUGUUAUAUCUCUUUUAACUGUUGCUAUUAGUGUCAUUUGAAGUCUGUGAAAGCCUUGGAUGGUUUAGGAAUUACAGCCAAAUGGUUAACAAACUAGCAAUUGCUGAAAAACAUCAGCUCUCAUGACACAAAUUGACAGCAGAAUAAUUAUAUGCAAAUAGUUACCAGUUCAAAAGUAUAUUAUUGAGUAAGCAGGAAUGCUAUGCUAGAGCACUACUGCCAUAGACAAGGGCUUUAUCAAUGUGGAAUAUAAAGGGAAGAACUUGGACAUAGAAGCUAAUUAGCUGAUGUUUAGGUAGAUACUUUGACUACUGGCAUAGAUAACUUAGAGCAGAGAUAUGUAGCCCAUUCCUAUGCAUGUUGAUGCAAAAAUAAGUCCUAUUGACCCUACUGGGACUUCCAAACAAGUGCAUAAAAUUGUGGCUUUCAUCUGAGAUCCACAGACUAUUAAAACAGUUUAUAUAUAUUUAAAUUUGCCAAGUCUUGUGUCAGGUAAUGAAAUCAGGCUGUGGCAAAUAGUUCUGAACAGAAAUGGUGCUAAGUAUUGUACAACGAAGAUUGUCCUGCAGUCUUUUUACUGGAUAUUUAAAAUACUCUUAACUACCUUAACUCUUGCAGAGGACAGUUUAAUCAAUAUUGCAAUCCUCUCUCUACUCAGAAGUCCCAUUAUGUUCAAUGGGGCUUACCCCUGGAUAAGUUGGUAUAGGAUUGUAACCCAAGUGUAUGGAAAAGUAUUUUUAUAUUACAGAUACCAAUUUUGAUGAAGUAAUUGUUUUUCUUUUCCUAAAAUGCAACUUGGCAUUUGAAAGAAAACGUUCAAUUUUUACAAACUUGCUUUCAAGUCCUUUGAGUCUCAUUAGGAAUGUUUACAAAUCUAGCAGGAUGUCACUUUUAGAACUGAAGCGGAGUUUAAUUACUUUUUUUAAAAAAAAUCAGAUUUUAAAAAUAAGCUUUUGCCUGGAACCUGGUAACUCUUCACUUCCUAUGUUCUGCUCAGACUACUAUUCCAUCUCACUAACAGGAACUGUGCCAAAUGGAGAAUUUUAUUUGCUAUAUUCCAGUGCAUAAGAGAAUGGGUUUACUUCUUUUCUUUUCUGAUUGUCUGCAUUUGGGAUCCGCCAAGAAGGCUUAAACUCUUUUUCCAGAGAGGUAAACUUUUGUACCUUUAUCCUCAUGCCUACUUGUUACUAAAGUGAUAAUUAAACUUUGGAAUGUUGUCAUCAUUUCACUGAAAGGCAAACCACGUUUAAAGAAUGAUCUACCUUAAGUCUGGUAAUAAAAUGAGUUCUAAGGAGGAGAAAAUACAUCAGACCUUUUUAUUAAUGUAAUUAGUUUUGAGGAACAGUACAGACAUAACACUACCUCCUUCUUAGCUGUGGUAAAGGUUCUGGGAGCCAGCUGUGAAAAUGUGUAGUACUUCUUCCUCUCCUACUGGGAGUGCAUCCCCCGUCCUUUUACCGUAGUUAAUGAAACAUCAGCACAAACCAUUGCCAUGGUUAACCACAGUUCCCCUAUAAUCAGGAGCUGAAACGUUUGGCUAGAACUAACUGCACUUAAGAUUGGUGCAGAUCUUUCCCACUUAACUGUGGUGGUGGUAAUUUGUUCCUUAGCAAGCAUUCCCAGAGCUAGUUCGUUAUCUCUUUACUUGGUUAAGGAGGAGCCAUAGUUACUUCUACAGUAGCCCUAACUAAGAAGUUUUCAGGGAUUUUAAUCUUGUCAGAUCUUCCCUUGAUAAACAUUUCUAUAACGUAGAGGUGAUAAGAGUUUUUUUCUUUUACUAUUAGCUUUGUAUGUCUACAAAGAUUUAACAGAACCUAAUGUGGGGGAAAUAUCUCCAGAAUGAUUUUUGCUGGAUGUUGAAGUAUAGCAAGAAUUUUUCCUCCAAACCUGGGUAGGCUUUAGUAUUGGGAUACAUUUUCCACAAAAGAGGAAUGGAGAAAUAACUACAAAUUAGAACUCUUCACUGUUUUGCUUUAAAUUGACUUGUUUUAUGGAGGUGUGUAACGUAUCACUUAACUUCUGAUUAAUUAGAAUGAUAAAAUCAAAGAGUUAUGGCACCUUUUGGUGUAAGGAGUGCACAGCUCGGUGAUUUUUUGUUUAUCUAAAAUCUCAGCUUUCACAUUUAUAAUUUCACUGUUGCAAAGAUCUUUACAUUAUUAUCAAGGUUUAGGAUAUGGAAGUCAAAUCUCCCUGUUUCAUUGUUUUUGGGUUCUGCGCUAAUAGGGUGUGAAAACAAGCUGCAAUUUCCUAGUCCUACAAGUUUCUUAUGAUGUAUGCAAGGGAAGGCCUAAUAAGUACUAUCACAUAUGCUAACAAGUUUGUUAUGCUUCUGUUAGAAUUCAAAACAAAGUUUGUUUUCUUACUUAUUGUAUUACUCAUCCUAAAAAGAUUUAUUAAAUUAUUUUAUUAAACAAGAAA